GUGAAACAUACCAGUGCUCGUAAUUUCAAAUGUGAGAUUUGCCAGAAAGCAUACGGAAGGAAGUCUACGUUGAGGCAGCAUUUGAGGAUACACAUCAAUGACCGCAGACGUUCCACAUCCAACAUCAAUCUUAGAGGUGGAACUUCUCGCCCCGUCGUCCGAUGAAAAACCAAUACCUUUUGACAUAUCAACGUCCCCUCUCAAUCAACCUAUAUCACCCGUAACAGCAGAAUCGCAAACAACAAAAAGGUCUUUGAAAGUAGACUCAAAACUAACACGAAGUGUACUUGGAGCAGAAAUGGCUAAACAUGAGCAUAAUUUAGAAAUCGUCUUACGCUACUCUAAUGCGACGCCUAUACGUGGCCACAGCGACGUGGGUUAUAUGUGCUUCUUUUGUCGAAUGGAGUUUCCCAACCCGGACGAUCUCAAAGCACAUACACUAGACUCUCACAGAGAUUUAAUGUAUGAAGAUCAACGACCGCCAAAAUACGAUCACUAUUCGGUAAAACUCGACGUCACGAAUUUAACGUGCCAGUGUUUUACGCGUUUCGAUCACCUGACUGAUUUAAUACACCACUUGCAAGUCGACCAUGACCAACACAUUCACGCCGAGGUUAAAAAUUAUUUCUUGCCUUUUCGAUUCGAUAGCGGCAAGCUAAAAUGUGCGUCAUGCGAAACAGAAUUUGAAGCCUUCAGAAAUGCAGUAGAGCAUAUGAAUAUCCAUUACAGAAAUCACAUUUGUGACGUUUGUGACGCAGGCUUUGUCACUAGAGCUAGUCUGCAAGCACACAAAAGAAUUCAUGUCAAUGGAGAGUAUCAAUGCACGACAUGUCACCAAGUAUACAAUACUAAGGUCAAGUUACACAAUCACGUUCGCUACACCCACCAAGGUCAAGAUAAGAGGAACAAAUGUUCAUAUUGUGGUGAAAAAUUCUCGUGUCUAACAGCGAAGAACAGUCACCUGGUUAAAGAACAUGGAGUUGCUCCCAAGGUAGCCAAGUGCUUGGAGUGUGAUAAAACCUUCGGCAACGACAAGAUCUUACGCAUGCAUUAUAAGUCUUACCAUUUAAAGAUUAAGAACUUUAAAUGUUCAGUUUGUACUAUGGAGUUUUCAAACAGUGGCGGGUUGAAAAGGCAUAUGGUAAAACACACCGGUGCUCGUGAUUACAAAUGCGAAGUUUGUCAGAAAGCGUUCGGAAGGGAGUCUACGAUGAAGCAGCAUAUGAGGAUACACGUUAACGACCGAAGGCACAAGUGCGAGCAUUGCGAAAUGGCAUUCAUCCAAAAAUGCAGCUUAAAAUCGCAUUUAUACUCGAAACACGGAAUCGAAAUGGAAAAAGUAACCGAGGCAGUUAAUAGUACUUCUUGAAUACUUAGUCCAGUCUGUUACUGUGUCAUAAAUUUUACACCUAAGUUGCAAGGAUAUGGUACUCUGAGUUGUUUAAUACACAAUAUUAUAUAUUAUUUUAUAUGAUUGACUUUUUAUUAUCGCCCUAAGCUAAACCUUAACUUAUUUUGCCAUAUAAAUUAGGCAUGGUAAAUAACAAAUAACAAUUGAUGAACGGCAUGCGCACUUUAGCCUCUAAGCAGGUCUAUUAGAAGAGUCGCUUGGAUGGUACAAUGUAUCUAAUUAAAGAAUAUUCACUGCCACGCUUGUAUGUGGCGGUCGUUAAACAAGUAAUUUUAAAUUACGCUAUUAAAACACUGAUACUACAUUUAACACUUUCGAACAUGCGUUAGGUUAGAAGCGUAA